AUGCCAAUCGGGGUAUUUGUAAUUCGGUUUUGCAAAGGCAAGAAUACAGUUUGGAUUCAUGCAGGAUGGCAAACUCUCAGUUGGGCUCUCAUGAUUGCUGGCCUUGCUUCUGGCAUUCGAGUGGGAAAGAUCCUCGAUCGUGGCUGGCACAUCACUACCGAUUUCGCAAAACACAAGAGCGUGGAGGUUGGACGCAUUUUCAUGUCUGGUAUGGCCGAUGCCUUAUUCUGCUGGGGAUUAUCAACGGGGGCCUUGGGUUAA